AUGCUGGACUUCUACUGGUUGUUUAUCGAGCAGUUUGAAGAUGCUCUUAGUAGUUUGCACAGGUAUGACAAGGACACCCUUUUGCAGAAUUUGAUGGUGUUUGUUGAAACGAGAGGACUGCAUUCUAUUCUAUGGGAUGACGAAAGCAGCCAAACGAGCGAUGAUGCCCUUCCUGAAAGCCCAUGGGCCAUUGCGCAGCUCAGCGUAUUGAAUAGCCGUAUGGUACCGGAAAUAUUGUUCGAUGGGUACAGCGAUUUGUUGAGCACUGCAUGGAAUGCAGAUGGACAACCCUUUCUUAUUCAUGAUAUGAAUUUAGUGUAUCGACAAUAUUAUGGUUAUAUGCCAUUAUUAAGUGGAUUGUCGAUCACACUUGAUAUUUUGGGGACGCUGUCUGUUGCUUUGUUUGGUUCAACAAAAUUCAGCUUGUGGAACAAGGACGGCAAUAUUGUAGUGAAUUCAAGCGUGUCAACAAAGUUGGAGGGCAGCAUCGGACUAGCAUCCGGGGAAGAAAUGAUCGGAAAGGCAACAACUUUCCUCUCUGCAACAGGCACUCUGAGAAUACAGUUUUAUGCCGAUUUUUACGCAAUUCCACAUCUACUUUGCACAGCCGUUUCUCAUUCACCACUUUUGAUCAGGUUAUCCAGUUUUGCUUAUUACUAA